GCUCAAUCAAUUCACCUUCAAGCUUUUCAACCCCCCGCUGAAUUUAUCGCGGCCAGACCGAUCACGAUGCCGAAGCCACGAAGUAAGCGCCAGGCCAUUCGCGACGAGCGGAAGGCGAAGCGACAGGAGAAAGCAUUGGCAGCUUCUGAAGAGAAAAAACCUACUAAAAGACAACGAUUGAACGAGGCCAACGAAGAUAAUACUGGUGACCAAGAAGCUGGAUUUGAACAUGGAUACGACCAACCUAAAUUUGGUGGUCCGCCACCCACCGAGCGCGAGUUUUUUGGGAUGUUGUCGGAUGAAGAACAAGAAUACUUUCGCUCGGUAGACGAACACCUUGAUAUAGACGAUUUUCCCUCCCAAGAAGAGCGCCAGUUGUACUUAGCCAGUGUCUUUGCCGAAGCUCAAGGAAAAGAACUUAAGCUCGCAUGCAGUCAGUCAUGCUCAAGAUUGAUGGAGCGGUUAAUAUUGAUGUCGAACACGAGGCAGAAGAAGAAGUUAUUCCUACAAUUUGCGAGCCAUUUCCUAAACCUCAUCCAACAUCGGUUUGCGAGUCACUGUUGUGAAACUCUUUUCCUGCAAUCUGCUCCAAUUGUUACCAGAGAGCUCGGAGGAGACCGUGACGAUGUUCUUACAGACGGAGACGACCCGGAUGAGCAACCUCUUCCAUUCAUGGAAGAACUAUUUCUCCUCACACUCGACGAACUCGAAGGACGCCUCGGAUAUCUCCUCGCCGAUAAAUUUGCCUCUCACACUCUUCGAAUCCUAUUGAUCAUUCUAUCUGGACGACCCCUCGAGGAAUCCCAAACCAAGUCUCUUAUACACAGCAAGAAGAAGGAAAAGAUUUCGGUCCCUUGGACAUCUGAUAACCCAACUGAUUCAAACUCUCAACUUCGGGCCGUGCCUAUGUCAUUUAACUUGGCCGCCAAGAAAAUCAUCGCGGACUCGGUAUCUAGUAUGAGUCCAACAGAACUCCGCGUCCUAGCAAUACAUCCCACUGGAAACCCGGUUCUACAAUUGCUGUUGGAGCUAGACAUUAGUUUAAACUCGAAAGCAAAUGACGAUUCUGAAGACAUGACAUUGCUGUGGCAGCUUCUACCCGGAGCCCCUGGUUCGUUGAAAGACAGUACUACCCCAGCAUCAGAGUUCGUUAACUCGAUGUUAUACGACCAUAUUGGCUCACGGCUUCUUGAGACACUCAUUACCCACAGUCCCGGGAAGGUGUUCAAGCCUUUAUAUAAGCACGUCUUCGCAGAUCGCAUCCACAGUCUUCUUCGCAAUGACAUCGCCUCCUAUCCAGCCAUACGCGUUCUGAACCGACUCAGUAAAGAGGAUCUAGUUGCGGCAGUCCAGAAGAGUUUACCUGAGAUUGGCAAGUUUGUCACGCUAUCAAGGUUCAACGUAAUCAAGACCUUGUUUGAACGAUGCCAGGCCCGAGAAGCUAGGAACGAGAUUGACAGUCUAACAAAGGCGUUAAUUGAAGCAUUUGGGUCAGACCCCAAGUCAUUGAUUCCGAAACUUUGUCUUCCACAGUCGCCGGAAACUGACGAUAAGAAGAAGAAUCACGAACCACCGCAGAAAAAUCGUUCGGCGCUAGUUUCGCAUGGUUCUCAAUUGACGACAGCUAUGCUAGCUAUACCCGGGCUUCCCUCCAGCACAAUUCAAACAUCUCUAGCUUCCCUACCCGAAGAGCUUAUUCUCCAACUUGCGACAUCCUCAGCACCUACAUCAUACGUCCUAGUGAAUGCAUUUUCCACCCCAACGCGAAACAAGAUCUUCCACAAGACACUAGUCGCUGCACUACGGCCCCACGCAUUUCAGCUCGCUAUGUCGGAACAUGGCAGUCGAGUCCUAAAUUCGAUUGUUUUCAUACCUUCCAAGGGCGAUGGUAUAUCCGUACCAUUCCAUAUCAAGGAAUCGAUCAUAGAGUUACUUGGUCAACAUGAGCAAGAAUUGAGGGAGUCUUUUGAGGGUCGACGUGUGUGGAGAAUAUGGAAAGGAGACCUAUGGAGGAAUAGGCGUAGGGAGUGGAUCUCUUGGGUCAAGGAUCUUGACACUAUAUCAGGGCAAACAAUACCAGAGAACCAGUCAAAGGGGGGCUAUGGACUAAGAAACGGCAAUAACUACGGCAGUACAGUAAGAAGUAAUGAGUUUCUAGGAAAACGGAAGAGGGAAGUUGAAGGAACCUCAUAGCAUGGUAUGCCAUUGUUUGCUGUUUUCACAUCCUAAAACUUAGGCAGGUACCUAUGAUGGGAUGAUAGUAAAAACUUGCGCUUGGAGUGACUCCUCGAAAAGCUACCAUGUAGAUAGAUGACCUUACCAAAAUACCCAAAUACCUGCCUACUAGGGAUCGUGAUUUCCAUUUCAGCAGAUAUUCGGCCCCACUU